AUUCAACAAUUUAUUUGGAGAAGGAAACAUUUUCUAUACAAGUACAACCCAUUUAUCAUUAUCAUUUAUUCUCUUGUAUUUUGAAGGCCGAUAUUCUUGUAGGCACAUUUGUGGUUCACCAGCAAGUGGCGGUAGUGAGCACUACUAUGCCUUACUUGCUGCAGUGAAAAGAGGGGAAGAGGAGAACCAGGAAGCGCCCGACGCCAAGGUACAACCUACCGAGUUGCAGACGCUUAAAACCGCCCUAAAACCGUCAGGCUUCUCUGGAGACAAAGCAGAGAGCCGCAAUGGACUCCCGAAAGAGAGGUUUGCUCACUAGUGGCGAUCGGGCCACACAGGAGGCCGGCGGCAAGCAUAGCAAAACGGACGGGAAGAGACACGUCGCCGCGCUCGUGCUGGCGAGGGGCGGAAGCAAAGGCAUCCCCCUGAAAAACAUCAAGAAACUGGCCGGGGUGCCACUCAUUGGAUGGGUGCUCCGCGCAGCCGUGGACUCCAACAUGUUUGACAGCGUGUGGGUGUCGACGGACCACGAAUCCAUCGAGCAGGUGGCGCUUUCCUGGGGCGCCAAGGUGCAUCGGCGCAGCGCCCAAGUCGCACUGGACUCCACCUCAUCGCUGGACACCAUCCAGGAGUUUGUCCGACACCAUCCGCAUGUGGACAUAGUGUGUAACAUCCAGGCCACCUCCCCCUGCCUCCACCCGUUCCACUUGAAGGAGGCAUUGGAGUUAAUCAUGCUGCAAGGCUUUGACUCCGUUUUCUCCGUGGUCCGCAGGCACCAGUUUCGCUGGCAGGAGGUCAAUAAGGACUCGCCUGACCUAACCAAACCGUUGAACGUGGACCCGGCUAACCGUCCUCGGCGUCAGGACUGGGACGGCGAGCUGUGUGAGAAUGGCUCCUUUUAUUUCACCACCAAGGAGCUCCUCAUGGACCGGGGUCUUCUGCAGGGUGGCAAGGUGUCCUACUACGAGAUGCUUCCUGAGUACAGCGUGGACAUCGACGUAGACAUCGACUGGCCUGUGGCUGAGCAGAGAGUCCUCAGGUAUGGCUACUUUGGCCAGGCAACACCGGAGGUGGUUCAGCUGAUGUUCUGUAAUGUAUCGGGAUGUUUGACGGAGGGCAAGAUCUAUAUUUCUGUGACUGGAGAGGAGAUGAUGUCUGUCAACACCAGAGACGUGGCUGCCAUCCGCAUGCUGAAGCGAGAGGAAGUGGAGGUGGUGCUCCUGACCACUCGAGAGGACCCUCUGGUGCAGACGUUGGUGGAUAGACUGGCCAAGAGGACAGGCUGUCAGGUGAUUCAGGUGGGGGAGGAGCCUCUUCCUGAUUUAACGGUCAUGCUGAAGUCUAGGAAGCUGAAUUGGAAGGAUGUUGCAUACAUGGGUAACGACAAGCUUGACGUGGAUUGUCUCAACCUGGCUGCGUUGAGCGGGGUCCCCGCCGAUGCCCCCGUGGUGGCCGUCCAAGCCUCCAAGUACACUUGUCACUGCCUGGGCGGUAACGGCGCCGUCAAGGAGUUCGCAGAGCACAUUCUGCUCCAGAAGGAAAAGGCCAAAUCUCAGAAGAAGCGUGACCGCAUUAAUUCCCAGUAGAAUCUCAAAAUGGACUAUGACAGAAGUCUAUUUGCACUUACAAGGUUUUUUGAAGUAGGAAAAACAUCACCGGUUAAAGUUUUUUGAAGACAUUAUAGUGUGUGUGUGUGUGUGUGUGUGUGUGUGUGUGUGUGUGUGUGUGUGUGUGUGUGUGUGUGUGUGUGUGUGUGUGUGUGUGUGUGUGUGUGUGUGUGUGUGUGUGUGUGUGUGUGUGUGUGUGUGUGUGUGUGUGUGUGUGUGUGUGUGUGUGUGUGUGUGUGUGUGUGUGUGUGUGUGUGUGUGUGUGUGUGUGCGUGCGUGUGUGUGUGCGUGUGUGCGUGUGCGUAGACCAGUGGGUGUGUCAUAUUUGAGCUGGGUGCUAAUGCUAGCUUUUGUUAUUUGAAUUAUGACAAACGUCUCUGGUUAAAGUUUUGUGAAAAGUUCUUAAAUUGGUGCGGACAAGUGGGUGUGAUUUGUAUGGGUUAAUGGGUGCGGACCAUUGAGUGUGUCAUAAUUAAGCCAAAUGCUAAUGCUAGUUUUUGUUUUUUGAAUUUUGACAAACGUCACUGGUCGAAGUUUUGUGUUCAUGUUUUGAAACACCCACUGGUCUACAGACCAGUGGGUGUUUCAUAUUCAAGCCAGGUGCUUAUGCCAGGUAGCUAAUUAAUUAAUUGUGAUCAUGAAGUUAAUGCCAAUAUAUUACUGAUUUUCAUGUUUGUCUUCCCAAAGAUUCCUCAAUGCUGACAUUUGCUGAGCAAAUUAUUUAAUAAUCUAUGUUUACAAAUAAAAUCACUUUUUGAACUAU